UUACUUUUCGCAGCAUGAUGUUGUUGAUGAUGUGUCAUCCACCAAUGGAUAAAGGGGGAUGUAAAAUCAGUGUUCUUCCCGGAAAACAGGCGAUUAUAAUACAUUGAAAGCAAGAGAUGACAUGACAGACAAAAAUGCUAGAAUGACUUGCCGACAGCAGCUAAGGCUCAAAGAAUUUGGACUUCAGCAUCAGCAGCCAGACGAUUUUGUUCGACUAGAGUUUGGGCCCCCGAUCCUAUAUUUACCAUGGGCCGGAGCGUGGGCCCUGUACCACUUUGUCUGGGUGUGUCUGGAGGGAUAUUGGUGGUCCCUAAAAUCCCACUACGUCACACUUGACUGGUUCAGACAACUCAGCAAUGUUGGAUACACUGUCUUGACAGCUUUCACGCUGAUUGAUUUCUUCAUAGCUUCAUAUACAUACUGUCUCAGGCAUCGAAUUUCACCAGAAGAUGCUGAGUCAGAUUCCAUGCGGUGGUAUCAUAAACUGUCAUGGGUGUUGUACAAUAUUUCUAACGUUACUGCUGUCAUGGUAACCAUAACAUACUGGGCACUUCUUUCCAAAGCUGGAUCAUUCAAAGGCAGUACUAUCAACAAACAUGGAAUAAACUUUCUUUAUACAAUAAUUAUUAUCAUCGUAUCUAAAAAGCCAAUAAAGCUGCAACAUGUUUACAUGUCAAUGCUGUUCAGCCUGUGUUACAUGAUAUUCACCGCCAUCUACUUUGCUGUCACGGGAACCAAAGUAUAUCCAAUAUUAGACUGGAAUAAGCCAGGGAAUGCCAUUAUGUGGGUUGUUUUAUAUCUAUUUAUCUGCAUACCGAUUGCGUAUGCUUUGCUGUUCGGAUUAUACAGGUUAAAAUUAUACUUUAAACAAAGACUUGCAAAUUCACAUGACCAUUUGUCUCAGAAUGGUGAUACUACAAAUAACCAGAGUGAUGAUUCUGAAAGGACUGGAGAGGCUUCAACGGCUCAGUUAUUACCUGUUCCCAAAGAUGAUGUAGAAAACAACAAUCUCGAAAACGUGUAAUGUUAAAGGAUUGUUUAAAGUUUUCAUUUUUUUACACGUACUAUAAAUUCACAUAUUUUCAUGGGGUUCAAUUCUCGUGCUUAGAGGGGAAAACUUUCAAAUUGGUUUACUGAUAUUUCAUUUUGUUUUUAAAGAUGUAGUAUUUGUGGAGGGCAUCUACAGUGGGUCUCCUUAUACCACGACUGCAUCGAAAAUUGACCCUCUGGAAAAUUACGGAUUUCAAAAUUCAUAGCUUUAUGUCAUGUUUAUCUUGUUUUUGUUUUAUUGU